UUGCUGCCAAUGCUGGCACAGGGUUUGCGGUGGCAGAGCCUCAGAUUGCCAUGUUCUGUGGAAAGCUGAAUAUGCACGUGAAUAUCCAGACCGGGAAAUGGGAGCCGGACACUGCAGGGACCAAGAGCUGCUUUGGAACAAAAGAAGAGAUUCUGCAGUACUGCCAGGAGAUCUACCCAGAGCUUCAGAUUACAAAUGUGGUGGAAGCAAACCAACCCGUCACCAUUGAAAACUGGUGCAAAAAGGGCAGGAAGCAAUGCAAGGGUCACACCCAUAUUGUCGUUCCCUUCAAGUGUCUUGUGGGUGAGUUUGUCAGUGAUGUCCUCCUGGUUCCAGAGAAGUGCCGGUUCUUCCAUAGGGAGCGGAUGGAUGUGUGCAAAAGUCACCAGUACUGGCACACUGUGGCAAAAGAGGCUUGCUUAACUGAAGGGAUGAUCCUGCACAGCUAUGGCAUGCUGCUACCUUGUGGAGUAGACCAGUUCCAUGGCACAGAAUACGUGUGCUGCCCUCAGGCCAAAAUUGUGGAUGAAGCACUUUCCAAAGAGGAGGAGGAGGAGGAUGAAGAGGAAGACGAAGAUGAAAACUAUGACAGUUAUAAAAGUGAGUUCCCUACCGAGGCAGACACAGAAGACUUCACAGCAGCAGCAGUGGAGAUGGACGAGGACGAAGAAGAGGAGCAAGAGGAAGAAGAGGAAGAAGUGGUGGUAGACCGGGAUUACUAUUACGACGGCUACAAAGAUUACAACGAAGAGCCUCCAACGGAGCUGAGUGUUGAAAAAUCUCUCUCCGAGAAGGAAAUAAUGAACGAUGUGAAAACUGUCUGCUCCCAGGAGGCGAUGACAGGUCCCUGCCGGGCUGUGAUGCCUCGUUGGUACUUCGACAUGUACAAGAGAAAGUGCAUUCGCUUUAUAUAUGGAGGCUGCGGAGGCAACAGGAACAAUUUUGAGUCAGAGGAGUAUUGUAUGGCUGUGUGUAAAAAGAUGAUUCCUCCUACUCCUGUGCCUACUGACGAUGUGGACGUCUACUUUGAAAACCCAGCAGAUGACAAUGAGCAUGCCCGUUUCCUCAAAGCAAAGGAACAGCUAGAGGUCCGACAUCACAAUCGCAUGGACCAGGUUAAGAAGGAAUGGGAAGAAGCAGAACGUCAAGCCAAGAAUCUCCCAAAGGCAGAGAGGCAAACUCUUACUCAGCGAUUCCAGGCAAUGGUCAAAUCACUAGAGAAGGAAGCAGCCAGUGAGAAGCAGCAGCUAGUGGAGACUCACCUAGCUCGCGUAGAAGCCAUGCUGGAUGAGCGCCGCCGGAUUGCCCUGGAGAACUACCUGGUUGCUCUGCAGACCGACCCUCCACGGGUGAUGACGCAUCUCCAUGUGAUUGAAGAAAGGAUGAAUCAAAGUCUGUCUCUUCUCUACAAGGUACCUUAUGUGGCUGAAGAAAUCCAAAGUGAGAUAGAUGAGCUGCUUCAACAGCAGCGGGAUGACAUGGAUCACUUUACUUCCUCCAUCUCGGAGUCCCCCGUGGAUGUCCGGGUGAGUUCCGAAGAAAGCGAAGAGUCUCCCCUCUUUGACGGCAAGCCGUUCCGUCCGUUCCAGGUGAAAACCUUCCCAGCCUCAUCUGAAAGUGAAGAUUCUCAGCCGGAUUUGUACCAUCCAAUGAAAAAAGGGUCUGGCAUAGCUGACCUUGACGGACUGAUUGGAGCGGAAGAGAAAGUGAUUAACAGCAAGAACAAGCUGGACGAGAACGUGGUAAUUGAUGAGACCCUUGAUGUCAAGGAAAUGAUUUUCAAUCCUGAGCGAGUCGGUGGACUAGUGGAUGAGCCGGAAAAUUCCAAUUCCCUGCGUGACGACUUCAGCUUCAGCAGCAGUGCUCUCAUUGGCCUCCUGGUGAUAGCAGUUGCCAUAGCCACAGUAAUAGUCAUCAGCUUGGUGAUGCUGAGGAGGCGGCAAUAUGGAACCAUCAGCCAUGGAAUUGUAGAGGUGGAUCCAAUGCUCACCCCAGAGGAACGGCAUCUGAACAAGAUGCAGAACCACGGCUACGAGAACCCGACAUACAAAUACUUGGAGCAGAUGCAGAUUUAAAGGGUGUUGAAACUGCAGCUGUCCUGGCCUGGCAGAGGGGGAGGGGAGGGCCAAAAAGCGGUCCAGAAUUUUUUGGAUCUACUACUGACCAACUGUUGCUUGAAGAGGACUUCAUCUUACAUUCAGAACUCCUGGAUCAUUAAGACUUAAAUUACUACUGUAGAGUUGCAAUUUCCAUUCUUUUAAAAUGGGCGAGGAAAUGAUAAUAUAACAAUAUAUGAUAUAUAAAUCUUAAAUGGGGGAAAUGGAUCUAUUGCAGAUAUUUGAGAUGUAGUUUUUUUUCUUUUUUUAAGGAACUUUAAAGAGGAGGAGAGAGAGAAAAAUCCCAGUGCUGUUGUAUUGUCUGAUUAACAAGCUCUCUAUAUAAACGAGAAAUGUUUUGUUUUAUUUCUGAUACACUACUUGUAUAUUCGAGGUCAUUUGUACCAACUGCAUUGUAUAAAUGGGACACGUGUGGCUCUUUGGUCAUCCUGGCUUUUAUAUAUAUAUAAAGCAGUAUUCCUUUUUUUUUUUUAAAUGAAUUAGUUAUGACCAAAGCUGCAAAAAAAAGAAGAAAAAUUGGGGUUUAUGGCCUUUGGGGAAAAGAAUAUCCUGGAAAGGAAAUCUGUACCAAUAACUGAAACGUUACACAAAUGAUCAGAUGCCGGUGACCUUUGUGUUUCUGCUGCUAUGUGGCUUGGUUUUCAGAAAUCUUAGAUCCUCCAGAAGCAAGAAAGGCUCCUGCCACUCUUGGGCCUUUCGAUUGCAAUAUUUUGGCACAGUUCGUGCAUAUCGGGAUCGCACACCUUGCCUCCUUGCUUGUGGAGCCCCACCCCGCUGUAGAGUCGGAAGUCUUUUAAUUUUGAAUUCGAACCCCCUUUUUCACGCUUACGCCCACCUCCUUUUUAGCACCCCUCGCCUAGUGUAAGCAAACCCCCCCCCCCUUGUUCCCCUGCACCUAAGCCGCCUUCCUCCAUGAUGAAUCAGGGUUCGGAGGCUGUGACAUGUCUUCCCAAGAAAGCUGGGGCGGACACUUGGGGGUGCAUAACUGGAGCCAUUAACGUGCCUGGGAGUCACCAAAUGGGAUCGAGGAUCCAGGGUGUGUUGCAGUUUUGCUCUUCAUGCCGGGAGGCAGGAAGGGGUGACCGAGCUGUGAAGAAGAGAAGGGAAUCCGUGGGCACUGGAGUGUCGGGGAGGGGUCGUUCGUUCACCAUAAUGUCUCUGUAAUGCUUGUAUAGUUGGUGUUAAUGCUCACAGCUUUUUUAAAAAAUCUGGAGGUUCUGGUAACCUGUGGUGUGUUCUUUUCUAUUUUCCAGUGAGCUUUCUUUCUCCUUCACACCCCCUUCCAUGUUUCUUCCCACUAUGCACAGAUUUACUUAACCUGCAAACUCCUUAGUGUGGUCUGUGGGGAAUGUAAAAAGUUGGAAACACAUCAAUAAACACUUUAACUUCCA